GCCCACGGGGGCGCGGAGGCGCAGGGCGAGGGCGCGGCGGAGGAGGUGCCCGCCGACCCCCACGUCCCGCGCAAGCUGCUGGACAAGCACCGCCUGACGGCGGGCGGCGCCCACGACUUCCGGCCCUACGGGCUGCGCACCCUCACGGACCGCCUGUACGUCUGCGACUCGGACGACGACGUCGCCCUCCAGGAGAGGGGCAAGUGUGGCCUGGUCGGAGCAAGGUGGCAGCUUGCAGGCACCGCCCUGCAGAACAAGAAGGACGGGCUCUGGACCCUGCCGGUCCGACGAUGGGACCCGCAGAGGCAGACGUGGACCGCCGAGGAGGCCCCGUACGUGAGCGUGGAGGAGUGGCGGAUCCCCCUCGCGUACGACGGGAAGGUCGACAUGGACUCCUUCUCGGCCAUGCCGCGCCGGAUGACCAGGCACAGCCCCGGGGAGGUCGGCGAGCCCAUCGAGGCGUCUGCGGCGCCCCUCGCCUGGCUCCUCGCCCUGGCGGCCCCGGCGACGGCGGAGGGCUGCCGGCGCGGCGGGCCUGGCGCGCCCUCCGCGGACUUCCUCUGCGGGCCGCCUGCGCGGCCGCCGCCGGCUGGCGGGUGA